AUGCAAUUGAUAUUCCUAUUCUUCUUGAUUAAAGUUUCUUAAAGUUGGAACCCAAUUUUAACAUCAAGAAUAAUAGAAUCAAUCGAUAAUGAAAAUAUUAUCAUCUAAGAUGAUUAUUUAAUAAUUGCUGAAGGAAGCUUUUCUAUCUCUUAUCAAGGUUUAUAAGAAUAUAGAUAAUUACACAUUAUGUUUGAUGCUAAAACUAAUAAGAGUCAAAGUGAAAUAUUGAUAGUAGUGAAUGGAGUUAGAAGAAGUGUAAUUUAAUUAUAAAGAGAAUUCAAUGAAUUUCAUAUGUAAUUUUAACAUUAAGCUCCUAAUGUAAUGAUUUAGAUUAAAUUCGACAAAUAAACCAAAGUAGAAAUAAGGAACUUUAAUAUAUUUAUUGAAGAAUGUCCAAGGGAUUGUAAAUAUUGUCUAUCAGGAUAAUGUGAUCUUGAGUUAUUUGAAAGAUGUGAUAAAUUGAGAUAUUAAGACUAAUGUUUAGAAGAAUGCCCUGAAGGAACUAUAGCUGAAAAUAAUUAAUGUGUAUAAGCAAGUAAUAUAUAUUUAUUUAAGAUUUAGAGUUAAAAGAGAUUGAAUAAAUGAAAUCCUUUUUGUAAGAGGGACUUUAAACUAUGUAGAAAUUUGGAGAAGAGAAAUAAGUCAAUUUAAAUUUUGAUAAUGAUUUUAAUGGAUAAUUAGAAAUUGUUUUUAAUUGUUAUAGUAAAUAAGAGAGAAAUAAUGAUCAAUUAAUAAAAAUAGAUUUAAUGAAGAAUUAGUCUAAAGUUUUAUAUCCUUUUUUAUAUAUUUAUUGGAAUUUACAAUCAUACAAAUAGUGUCAGUCUAAAUUAGAAUUAGAGUGUUUAUAAGUAAAAGGGAUGUUUGAGAUAGAUUUUCUUAAAUAACAUUAAAUUAAUAUUAAUAGUUAUUCAAAGAAGAUAGAUUAAGGUGGGUAUUGGGAAAUAGAAAGUCUUAAGAUUUAUAAGAUGGAAUAAAGAUCUUAUGAUUGUGAAAUAUAGAAUUGUAAUUUAUGUUCAUAUUAAAAUUAAUGUAAAAGAUGUGUUGAAGGAUUUUAUGUAUACUAGAAUAAAUGCAUUAAGAAAUGUCCUUUAUAUACUGUAAUAGAUAAUAAUAGUUGUAUUAAUUUGAAUGAAAAUCAGGCAGGUAAGAAUAAUAAAUAUAAAAUAGAUUUAGAUAUGUUGGUGAAAUUAAUAUCACCAUUUCAAGAUUUAGAAUAAAUAUUUGGUCAAAUUAGUUUUGAUUUAUAAGAAAAAAUUAGUUUUCGAUAUGAGAAUGAAACAACAUUUAUAGGAGGAGGGUUAUUAGAUUAAUGGAGAAGAACUACAUUUUCAAAGUAAAUGAAUUUAGGUAGACAUUAUGCAAUUAGAAUUAUGUUUAAUAUAUCAAUAGAAAAUUCAAGUUAGGAUUAGGAUAGUUUUAUUUAUUCAAUAGAUGGAAGAACAUUUAAUGUUUAUAAAAAUACAAGUUUUAUUGAUCAUACACUCAAUCAUAAUAAAAACAUACUAAAUCUAAAUUUAGGAUGUAAAAUCUCGAGUAAUGGUAGAUGUGUGAUUUCUAAUUACUAUUUUAUGACUAUGAAAGUAAUAGUAUUUUUAGAUAUUUUUUUAGUGUUCUCCACUUUGUUAAAGUUGUACAGGUCCAUCUUAAUAGGAUUGUAAAAUUUAUUAAUCUAAUAUUCAAAAAUUCGAUUAUAAGAAUUAUCAAUGUUAAGAUGGAUAUUAUUUGAGUGAUUAUGGUUGUCAAAUCUGUUCAUAAGGUUGUGAAAUAUGUUAGUCUAUAAAUAAAUGUCUCAAAUGUUAAGAUACAAAAGAGGGAAGGUUUUUUUGUAAACCAAAUCUUUGA